UGACGUUGGAGUGGUUUUGGAUUUCGAAUGCGCUGGAAGCGAUGAACUCAUAUUGAUGAUCGCCAUUCCAAUGGUACCAUUUUCGACUUUCUUAUGAACGUGGAUCUGUACGUAGAUUCCGAGAUCAAAGUACUCACCAGCGAUGGUUUGUUCGAUGUGUACAACAAUGGACGUCCUCUUGGCGGCCAGUUGAAUAUAACCCUCGAUAGGGACGUUAUUCCGUAUACUAGCGUUUUAGGUCCCAGUCGAUUUGACGGUAAACCCAAAUAUGAACAUCGUCGAACGCUUUCGGAUUUGACGAUGAGGGUAGGAACCGUGUCGCAGAGAUUCCCUCUGUUGAACCACUCGAUAGAGCAGAUUGUCACCCAUCUGGAAUCGGAUAAGGAUCGUCACAUGGAUCAUGCCGUGCGCUUCGGCCAUCGACUGAUCAAAGCUUUGCAUUCGACUUUGCGUUAUAAUGUUCGUUAUAUUCACUACGAUUGCUGGACGUUCAAUGAUUCUACUGGGGGUAUUCUUGGCGCACUGGUUAACAGGGAGAUUGAUCUCUCGUCAACAGGCUUGAUGACAAAGAUCAAAAGAAUGGAACACCUGGCAAGCGUUAUGAGUUACAUGACUUUUGAAUUGAUGUUCGUCUUCAAAACUCCGGAAAGCACUCAACUAACCGAUAACGCCUUCAUCAGACCAUUUUCGACCAACGUUUGGCUCAUGAUUUUGUUGACCAUCGUUCUUGGCAGCAUUGUCAUGAAAUUUAGCUUCACCGCAGAGUACAAUCUCAGAGAUAACUUUAAUGCCAAGGAGAACCCACCUUUUAUGAGCUUGAUCGUCGAAUUUCUCGGAAACUACUGUCAGCAAGGAUCUCAAUACAUGCCGGAAAGCUUAUCUGGAAGGGCAAUGCAGCUUUUCAUGCUGCUAUGCACCCUGAUGGUAUACAAUUAUUACACAUCGGAAAUAGUGUCGGAUUUGAUCGGAAGCCAUAAGGAAUCAGAUAUCAAAUCGUUGGUUCAGCUCGCUAACAGUCACAUUGAGUUGGGUAUCGAAAACGUAACAUAUGAGAAGGCUUUUUUCUACGAGUCUCACCUCCCCGACGUGGACUACCUCACCAAGAAGAAAGUUACCGAUAAAACCUUCGUCAACUCAUCGGUGGGCCUCCAGCGAGUGCGUCGAGGCGAUUUCGCCUACAACUGCGAACGGAAUGUGGCUUACAAUCUGAUACGGGAUACGUUCGACUCGACGGAAGUGUGCGACCUCAACGAGCUAGAAAGCAUGCCAACGCAGUUCGUGGAUCACGUGGUGCGCAAAGAUUCGCCCUUCCGUGAGCUGUUCAGAGUGAAGUACACCCGAAUGUUGGAGGUUGGCAUCAAGAAGAAGUUUUCCGAUUAUUGGGUGGCCAAGAAACCGGAAUGCUUUUCUGGAAGUAUUAUAUCCAGUGUGACCAUAGCCGGUGCUUUGCCGAUAUUUGUCCUACUUGGUUUCGGGUUGUUCCUAUCGGCAGUGGUUUUCGGAGCAGAAAUUUUGGCGCGGUUGAUUUCUGAACAUUCUUCCAGGGCGUUCAUGGAUAAAACCUUCGAAAAGAUCACUGCGGAUGGAAAAGUGAAAAAGAAGUUCCUGUAAAUCAAAGAUAUUUAUAAUUAUUUCUAUACAACCUAUUCUGCCUAUAAAUGCAUAACAGUCCCAUGUAGAUAGGAAAUCAAGCAAACAUGGAACUGUUGUGAAUUUACGGGGAGUAUAUGUUUAAAGGAUUUAAUAUGAUGCUGCGCCACUUGAUAUAGAUCUUAUAUAUGUUCACAUUCAAGCCAUUUGUUGUUCUGGAACUGAUGGACAGAAAAUAACAAAAAAAACUGUAGAGAUAACAAAUUACAAGCUAUUGAAAUAAUAAAUCAAAAACUUUCUGAAGCCUACAAAAACAUUUCAUGUGCAAUGUUCAAUGUGGGUUGGACUUUUAUUCUUUUUUUUGUUUUUUUUCGUGUUUUUAAAUAUCUUCCCAAAUCAAGUGUUUGGCCACAAGACUCUUCAGCUCUGGUAAUAAUUUUUGUUUAAAGUUAUUUUUAAGGUAUUGAUUUGUUAUUGAAAUUUGAUAACUUUAACAACCAUUUCAAUUUAACUGCAUUCCAUGGAUCUAUAAAAAUCUUGUAAAAAUGUAUCCGUAAAGAUUACAGUGGUAGA